AUGGAGGACGUGGUCGCCGAUGCAGAAUACAAAGCAAGUGGACGACAACCACAGCUGAAUGAUAGGUUUUCACAUCGUUUUUUUGUUCUAAAUGUUCGAAAUAAUUGGAUGGCAGCCUUCGGCGCACCAAUGUCCGCGGACUGCCUCACCCUCUGUCCACGGAUGGAUGGCGAAGCAAAUUUGCAGGCUUUUAAUAUAUUAAAGAAGAUUCCGGAUGACACGAGAAGAAAGCUAGCUGCACGGGGAUAUAUUGCUCAAUCUGGAUAUGUGAUGAAAUAUCUCCCAGUACCGCCUAACUGCCUCUAUAAUCCAGAAUUCACAGAUGGGCAAAGCCUCAAGUCCAAUGCCAUCUCUAUAUCUUUGUUUGGAAAGAUACUUGAAAAGAUAGAGAAGACAAAAGAAUCAGCAUCUGGUUCCCCAAACUUUGAAUCAUAUGACACUGAAUCAACUGAGCUACAAUUUUCAAUCGGCCAAUAUAUACAGGCCAGGGGUACUACAAAGGUUCCUCAAGGUGCAAAGAGAUUUGCAGCUAGCACUGAUUCAUCUCAUUCGUCAACAAAAGAAUGGCUUGAGAAGAUGAAGACAUUGUUCAUCAGCAAAGUGUCACCUAGUACUCACAAGCAUUCUCUGCAGGCAUUGAAUUCACAGUCUGCAAAAAUUGAAGCAUUGGAGCUUUUCAGCGUGGAGAAGCAACUGUCUAGUUCACACAGCGGGAGACUAAACCUCCAGCUAACUAACGACAGCUUGCUAGCUCUGAAACUCAUGUCUUCAAGAACCAUGUUAAGCAAAGAAUCAGCAAACCAGCUGGCAAUGCUCCUGUCGCUCUCUCUUAAUGCACCUGCUGUGAUCCAACCAAAGCCAUGCUGCACAAUUACAAAAAUAAUACAAAGUGCGUUGCCGGCAGAAUUGACUUGUGAAGGUGACAGCACUGUCAUAAAACUUGAUCUUGAGAAAGAAUCCGUUCAGGCCUCAUUUUCGGACUUGGUGUCCUCCAUUAUUUGUGUUAAGGGCCCGGGAGAUGCGCUCAAGUUUUUGAAUGCACUGCAGCCCCUUUUCAUGGAGUUCCUACUACUUGAUGGUUUUAGUCUAACUCUGCAAGAUUUUAGUGUACCCAAGCUUCUGUUGGAAGGAGCACAGGAGUGUAUUAAAGAACAGUCUUCUGUAUUUGAGCAGUCAAGAAGGUGCUUCAAAAGCCACUCUGUUGACUAUAAUCUCAAGAACAUCAAAGAGAAAAUUUCAAAUUUUGUCGUGAAAUCAUCUCGUCUUGGUCUUCUGGUUGACCCAAAGAGUGACCCUUCAAUGUCAAAAGUAGUUCAGCAGCUUGGUUUUGUUGGUCUGCAGCUGUACCAUGAGGGGAAGUUGUACUCAGGUCGUCUGGUGGAGUCUUGUUUCUCAAAUUUUGUUAAUAGACACCCACCAAUUGGAGAAGGAAUUCAACAUGCUCCAGAGGCUUAUGGUCUUGUGCAAAGUUCAUAUUUCCAUGGUCUUAAUCCUUACGAGGAGCUAGUACAUGCUAUAUCUACAAGAGAAACUAUUGUCCGCUCCUCAAGAGGUUUGCCAGAAGCAGGAACUCUGUUCAAGGGUCUAAUGGCCAUCUUGCGAGAUGUAGUUGUAUGCUAUGAUGGAACUGUGAGAAACAUCUGCAGCAAUUCAAUCAUGCAACUUAAAUACAAAGAAGAUCCAAGUGCUAUAACUCCUGGAGAACCGGUUGGUGCCUUAGCUGCCACUGCUAUCUCCAACCCUGCUUAUAAGUCUGUCUUGGAUGCUUCUCAGAGUAAUAAUACUUCAUGGGAGUUGAUGAAGGAAAUACUACAGACAAAAGUUAGCUAUAAAAAUGAUGCGAAAAAUCGAAAAGUUAUCCUGUUUCUGAAUGACUGCUCUUGUCCCAAGAAAUUUUGCAAAGAGAAGGCAGCUAUUGCAGUGCAGGGUUGCCUAAAGAGAGUCACAUUAGAGGAUUGUACCACUGAUAUCUGCAUCGAGUAUCAGAAACAAGUUAGUUUGAAGGGAACUUCAGAAGCCACCCCAGCAUUUGUUGGCCAUAUUCAUCUUGAAAAGGAACAUUUAGAACAGAUAAACGUUAGCACUGAUGAUAUUCUUUGGAAAUGCCAAGAAGUUUCUGGGAAACAUGGGAAUAAGAAAGGAACUCUUGGUCUGCUGUUUAAAAAGAUUAGUUUCUCUACUUGGUAA